AUGAUCAAAAAUGUUAGGAGGGAAGAUGUUCAAGUUGAUACGGUGAGUACUGAAGACACAACUCUGAAAAAAGAAGAAAUUACCAAGCAGACCGGCCACAGAAUAUCUCCCCUGCUUGACUCGUUUGCCGUACAAUUAGCAUACUCUGGAAGUGAAUACUAG